CCGUGGUCCCAACCCUGCUGCUAUUUCUGGCGGAUUGAACCGAGCUCCUGCCGGCCAGCUUCUCACCAGUCCCGGGGCCAAACUUCCAGCCCUUCUGCCGUCCCUCAAGGUAGAGUAGAGAAGGAGAACCAUGCCGCCCAAGUUCGGGGCGAAGAAGCCCGAGGCAGCGAAGCCUGCGGCCGCCAAGCCCGAAGCCGCCAAGCCCGACCCGGCAGCUGCCGAGAAGCUGAAGGGCAAGAAGAUCAUCUUCAUCGUGGGUGGUCCAGGAUGUGGCAAGGGAACCCAGUGUGACAAGAUUGUAGCCAAGUACGGCUACACUCACCUGUCCACAGGUGACCUGCUGAGGGACGAGGUCAAGUCGGGGUCAGCCCGGGGCAAGAAGCUGACCGAGAUCAUGGAGCAGGGAAAGCUGGUGCCCAUGGAAACCGUUCUGGAGCUAGUGAAGGACGCCAUGGUGGCCCGUGCGGACAAGUCCAACGGUUUCCUCAUCGACGGCUACCCGCGGGAAGUCAAGCAGGGGACAGAGUUCGAGUCCAGGAUCAAAGAGUGCGACAAAGUCCUGUACUUCGAGUGCGCCGCUCAGACCAUGACGGAGCGCCUCCUGGGUCGCGCCAAGACCAGCGGCAGGGCAGACGACAACGAGGCGACCAUCAAGAAGCGGCUGGACACCUUCUACUCCGCUACCGAACCGGUGGUGCAGUUCUACCAAGACAAGGGCAAACUGUGUAGGAUCAACGCAGAGCGCUCCGUGGACGCCAUCUUUGCUGACGUGGUUUCCUCCCUGGGAGCUCCACCUGUGUCUGCAGCCACGGCACUGAAGGGCAAGAAGAUCAUCUUCGUCGUGGGGGGUCCCGGCUGCGGCAAGGGAACCCAGUGUGACCGGAUCGUGGAGAAGUACGGCUACACUCACCUGUCCACAGGUGACCUGCUGAGGGACGAGGUCAAGUCGGGGUCAGCCCGGGGCAAGAAGCUGACCGAGAUCAUGGAGCAGGGGAAGCUGGUGCCUAUGGAAACCGUUCUGGAGCUGCUGAAGGACGCCAUGGUGGCCCGAGCGGGAAAGUCCAACGGCUUCCUGAUCGACGGCUACCCGCGAGAGGUCAAGCAGGGCACGACGUUUGAGUCUACGAUCCGCGAGUGCGACAUCGUGCUGUACUUCGAGUGCGCCGCUAAGACCAUGACGGAGCGUCUCCUGGGCCGCGCCAAGACCAGCGGCAGGGCAGACGACAACGAGGCGACCAUCAAGAAGCGGCUGGACACCUUCUACACCGCCACCGAGCCUCUGGUCAAGUAUUACGAGGACAAGAAGAAGCUGAACAGGAUCAACGCCGAGCGCGCGAUUGACGCCAUCUUCCAGGAUGUGGUCAAGGCUCUCGGCCCGGCUCCGCCUGCAGCUGGACAAGACAAGCUGCAGGGCAAGAGGGUUAUCUUCGUGGUAGGCGGUCCCGGAUGUGGCAAGGGAACCCAGUGUGACAAGAUUGUAGCCAAGUACGGCUACACUCACCUGUCCACAGGUGACCUGCUGAGGGACGAGGUCAAGUCGGGGUCAGCCCGGGGCAAGAAGCUGACCGAGAUCAUGGAACAGGGGAAGCUGGUGCCUAUGGAAACCGUCCUGGCGCUGCUGAAAGACGCCAUGAUUGCCCGUGCGGACAAGUCGAAGGGUUUCCUGAUCGACGGCUACCCGAGGGAGAUCAGGCAGGGCACCGAGUUCGAGUCUAACAUCCGACCAUGCGACAUCGUGCUGUACUUCGAGUGUUCUGCCCAGACCAUGACGGAGCGUCUCCUGGGUCGCGCCAAGACCAGCGGCAGGGCAGACGACAACGAGGCGACCAUCAAGAAGCGGCUGGACACCUUCUACUCCGUCACGGAGCCGCUGGUGGCGCACUACGAGAAGCAGGGGAAGCUCAGGAGGAUCAACGCCCAGCGCGAGGUGACCGCCAUCUUCGCCGAUGUGGUCGGGGCCAUCACUGCAAUGGAGGCCGCGCCAGCCCGUGCACCGGGUGCCUGGAUGCACGAGGGCCUGCCUGACCUCGGUAACGGGGCAGGCCCCCAGAUCCGCGUGCCCCGGCCGAGUCCCGCCGAGCCCACCGCCUCCACCUUCGUCAUCAACGUGCUGAAGGACCUCGCCACCAGGACUGUGGCCAGUCAGCACUGGUCCAAGACCCGCGCCUCCACCCUGGAGGAGAUAGACGUGGAGACAUACCGGUCCAAGCGCCGCUGGAGGUCGUUGCUGACCAGCCAGCGCCAGGAGCAGGUUGACGAGCCGCUGUACCAGAAGAUCGACGUGAACAGUCUGCUGGCCGAGUGUCAGCCGGACGCCGAGACACAGGACUGCUUCAUCAAGCUCGUGCCCAGGAUGAUCGCUUUCCUGGAGUCGUCCCUGCCGUUCGACGUGACGAAGGUUGUGGUUGGCGGGUCGUACGGGUACGACACUCUGGUCAAGAGCAGGAACGACGUGGAUCUCUUCGUCUUCAGCAAAGAGCUCCCGAAGGCAGGUCACGUGAUGUGGAUGCCGUCAGUGAUGAAGGCAGUGGAGGCUCUCAUCAGGGACUGCAACAAAGGCCAGAUCCCGGAGUGCACUGACUUCACCACCAGCAAGUUCUCUGUGGGGUUCACGUGCCAGGGGAUCGAGUUCACUGUGUUCCUGACGCACGACUGGGAGUCGGAGCGAGCCGGCGGCUACACCAGGCUGUAUGACGAGAGCAUGCGCCAGCGCAACUCCGAGAACAGGAGAAUGUACUCCUGGGCUGCAGCCAGACGGCAACGGCAGUUCAUCCUGGAUCAGGAGGAAGAUGUGAGGGAUGUGAUAAAGGUGGUGAAGCACUGGCGUAACGGCGUGGACUGGGCAGACAAGUCCCGCCGCCCCAGCUCCUACCUGCUAUCCCUGCUGGUGGUCAAGGCCUACCAGAACGCGCAGGUCAUCAAGGGGGUCAACAUCCGGCCGCCGCCUAUCGAUGAGGAGGGCUUCUUCAUGAGAGAGCCGGACCCAGUGGUACCGGAGAACCCGCUGGAGUUCCCCACCAUGGCCGAGACUCUGUCCGCUUUCAUCACGCUCGUCAAGGAUCUGGACCGCGCCAUGACAAGGCUAUCCUGGAACAAAUUCUACGAACCGCCCAGCUUCCGGAUCGAACACAUGACGACACUUCCGGUGGUCCAGGACCCCGCCAACCCGGCCAUCAACGUAGCGGAGUUCCUGGGUACCUGGGCGUCCUUCCACACAGAGACCAUGCUAUGGGCUCAGAAACUCGGGCUGUAGGAGCUACUGAGACAACCCAAACACUAACGGACUGUUUCAGACAAACCCUAGCUGUCACAGGAGGUGUAGCAAUGGCAGCAGACUGGCUGUAGAGUGCAAGCAUAGAAAACGAUCUACAUUCUGGCUAUGCAAGAUCAUACAACUCGAGAAUUUGAUUUGAAAGUAGAUUUGCUGUAGCUUGGAUAGCGAAGUAAAUUACACUAGGAAGAAGUCGAAAGAUAGCCAACUCACGCAAUGUUUGUGUUUGUAAUUAGAUCUAAAAAUCCUUCCUACAUUUGUUUUAGAAAAAACGUCAAGGAUGAACCAAGGGGAAUUCUGUGUAAACCUUUGCAAAAACAUUUAGAGUUUAAAAAUAUCUGUGUGCAAUGUCUAUGUUUGCGUGUUUCAAUACAUUUGCCUUUAUUUACAUGUAAUGUUCAUGUGGCUACGUUAUGAUAUGAUGUACACAAAAAAGACGAUCUUUUGAGUUUUAUUUGACGGUGCAUGUGUCGGGGUUCAAAGGAUGAUGGACUAAAGGUGUUGUGGAAGGGUGUUAGGAUGGAGUUGAAUUGAUGAUGGAGAAACAUGAAAAUGUACGGAAUAAAGUCAGGUACAGGUGAAAGAUGUGAAGUCUUUUGAUGCGAGA